AUGACUGAUACUGGCACUAUACACUCUUCACAACCAUCUGUGAGCAAGCGCUCAGCAUGUGAUCGCUGUCGGACGCAGAAACUGGGCUGCAUGCGGGUCAAUGGACAUCCCACCGACGCAUGUUUGCGGUGUGUGCGCUCCCAAGUCGAAUGUGUUACCAGUUCGUCCCGGAGGCCUGGUCGACCCACAAAAGCUGCCGCUGCUACAAGUUUGAGCAGCGCGGGAGGGUCUCCUCGGCGCAAUGAUUAUGCUCCAUUAGGUCCGCUGGACGUGGACGUGGACGAUACAUUCGACUUCGCCGCCCUGGACGUGCCUUACGAGAUCCCGUCUAGCUUUUGGGGGUCGACCGAUAUCGCAAACCUUUACCCUGAUGACUACUUUCCCGAUUCAGGGAUAGGCGGCGAUCGCUCGCCUAGCACACCUGCCCUUGAGUUCUCCCCUUCCGCCGAUAACGCCGGCCCAUCGCGCAAAUACCGCAUACAACUGGCACAUGUACAUCACACCCUAUGUAAACAGCUGUUUCGACUCCAAUCCAGCCAUUGGGACCUUACUAAGGUGCUACCCGUCGCCUAUGUUCACCACGUUCAGUCUUCUGAGUCCUGCACUAAUUGUGCCAGUCCCUCCUCCAACCCCCUCGCCAUUGUCGCAACUAUGGCUGCUGAAUUUGUGGACAUAUUAUCUGCCCUUAUGCCGCCGGACCUCGAUCCACACGAUCGCUGUUCAUCGCAUCCUAACCCUCACUUAAGCAGCCCCGACCUCCUAAUCAUCCUCUCCUGCUACCUCAUUCUCAUUCAUAUCUAUGACUACAUUCUUGCGCAGCUCCUAGCGCAAGUAACAACUAACCCCGCGGCCCUGGAUACGGCUCUCCAGUCCGCCCCAGUGCUCUCCCUCGGCGGGCUACCUGUCCCACCUGCCCGGCAUCUCCCAGCUUAUUUAUUGCUGGUGUUGUUCAACAACCAGAUUACGCCCAUUCAGGCUUUUCUCGGGCUGCCUGACUCUCUCCGGGUUUCGGAUGCCGAGGAGGUGUGUGCGACCCCGAUAGGUGGAAGGUUUGGGCAGGAGCAGAGGGGUGGGCUUUUCAGUGGGGCAGGGGGGCAGGCUCUUUGCAUGGCCUUGGUGCAGGUUGAGAUAGAGCAGGCUGUUGGUAGGACAGGUGGUUUGGGCGUUAUUUCCGCAUUCAAAGAGAAGAGAGCGAGAGUCCUAGAGUUAUAA